GACACAAACUGCGGCGAGGUCCCUGAGCCCGAGGUUCGUCCUUACACGGCGGUCCCCCCAGAGUUACUCGGCGAUCCGACCAGGUCCCCGGAGAUGGCGUCGGAGCUGACCUACCGCGGCGGCGCGUCCCCGUCCGCCGGCGCCGCCGGCGCCGGCGCCUACGACGCGCCGAAGCCCGCCAGCGCCAAGCCGCUCGCGUGGCUGCCCCGCGCCGCCCGCUACGCCGCGGCCGAGCACCGCCCGGUCUUCGCCCUCGCCGGCAUGCUCUUCGCCGCCGCCGUCUUCUGCUUCGCCGCCCCCUCCAGCCCCGCCACCGCCGGCGCCGCCGGCGCCGGCGCCUACUCCUCCGGCGGCGCGGCGGGCGUUUCCAGCUCGCUUGCCCGCUUCUCCGUCGACCCCGCCGCGCACAACCCCGCCCGCCACUUCGUGGGCGGCAAGGUGCCCCUGGGCCUCAAGCGCAAGGGCCUCCGCGUCCUCGUCACCGGCGGCGCCGGCUUCGUCGGCAGCCACCUCGUCGACCGCCUCGUCGCGCGCGGCGACAGCGUCAUCGUCGUCGACAACCUCUUCACGGGACGCAAGGAGAACGUCAUGCACCACUUCGGCAACCCAAACUUCGAGAUGAUCCGCCACGACGUCGUCGAGCCCAUCCUCCUCGAGGUCGACCAGAUCUACCACCUCGCAUGCCCCGCCUCACCCGUACACUACAAGUACAACCCCGUCAAGACAAUCAAGACCAAUGUGGUUGGUACACUGAACAUGCUCGGAUUGGCAAAGAGGAUCGGAGCGAGGUUCCUCCUCACCAGCACCAGUGAGGUCUAUGGUGAUCCCCUCCAGCACCCGCAAGUGGAGACCUACUGGGGCAAUGUCAACCCCAUUGGUGUCAGGAGCUGCUACGAUGAGGGCAAGCGUACAGCUGAAACAUUGACCAUGGACUACCACCGAGGUGCCAACCUUGAGGUUAGGAUUGCUCGGAUCUUCAACACAUAUGGCCCACGUAUGUGCAUUGACGAUGGCCGUGUUGUCAGCAACUUUGUUGCUCAGGCUCUAAGGAAGGAGCCUUUGACGGUUUAUGGUGAUGGCAAGCAGACCAGGAGUUUCCAAUACGUUUCUGAUCUGGUUGAGGGGUUGAUGAAGCUGAUGGAAGGGGAGCAGAUUGGGCCAUUCAACUUGGGUAACCCUGGCGAGUUCACCAUGCUGGAGCUGGCCAAGGUUGUCCAGGACACCAUUGACCCAAAUGCGCGGAUUGAGUUCCGUGAGAACACUCAGGACGACCCGCACAAGCGCAAGCCAGACAUCACCAAAGCCAAGGAGCUCCUCGGGUGGGAGCCAAAGAUCGCCCUCCGUGAUGGUCUACCCCUCAUGGUCACUGACUUCCGCAAGCGGAUCUUCGGCGACCAAGAUAGUGCCGUCACCGCCACUGGAGGCCAAUAAGCGUAGAGCGGAAUACAAUACUUCAAAAUUUUGGUGGCCUGCUUCUAGCUUCUUGGUUAAUCCUCUUACUGACAAAGCUGUUGCCACGUAGUUCUCGAGGGUUUUACUAAAUACCUUGGUUGUUGGUGUAAUGUGUCAUUCUUUUUGUUGUCGUUUUUUCUGUCAGUCUCAACUAUACCGGAUGUUCCAGUUAAAUUGUCAGAGAUAAACCUGGAUCUUCUAAUUCUUUGUUGAGAUGAUAGCAUUAUAUGUGGUAUAAAUUACAUGUUCUCUCA